AUGCAGCUGAUCUGUCUGGAUGACUGGGUUCUCUACAUAGAGAGGAAUCCUUUGGUGAUCCUCUUCGUCGUCCUGGCAAUCUGGCUAUUCAGCCUAUGGAAUCGAUCAACGGGUUAUCCGCCCAUUGAACCGCUGCCAGAUUUCAACUGGGAAACCGCCGAACCGUUAUGCUUUCGACCCUUCAAGCCAAAAUACCAUCUAACCAUGGCCCUUUCCUCCCUCGAUCCAUCCGCCCUAAUCCCGAUGGAUAAAACGUAUAAGGACCGACUAGCUCUUCGCGCCAAUCUACUACGUCAAUACCCCGACGUCGUCAUCGCCAUCAACGACCCUAAAGACCCUUGUGUUCUUGCCGCUAUCAACGAACUCUACACUUUCGUCGUGGGCUCUUAUCUCCCCACACGGUACCCUCGCAUGUUUCGAUUGAUCCAAAUCUCGGAAAAGCGCACCGUACUGGAAAGCCUGGUCACCGGCCAGCAGGCCCCGUUGGACUGGACCGACAACGCCCCCAACGGACGCAAACAGCUCGAGAUUCUCGGCUCCCUCGUGGAUGAAGAUUUCCUCAUUCUCUUGCCGGAGUCAUCCGCCUCGACCCCCAAACAGGAUGAACACGCCGACCAAGGCCCCGACGAGCAAGAACCAAAGUACGUCCUGCGCGCAUACACCGCCUGUUUCCCGUCGGGAUUCAACCCGGCCGAGAAGAUCGGGCUGAGGCUGGCGUCCAUCCACGAUCCGGUCCCCGGAUACAAAGAGAAGCUCGAACGGAGCAUGGACCGGUUCUUUGCCCGCGUCGAGGUCGGCAAGUUCGUGCAGCGAGUGAACUGGAGCGUCACGACCCGGACAGACUUGUUUGCUGCGUUCGGUGGCGUGCACGGUGCCGAGGGUGAGAACGGGGUCAUCAGCGAAGGUGAGCUUGAUGUUGACUCGACAGUUCUACGCUGUGAACGCCAAACGCUCCAUCGACUCCCGCACACCAAAGCCUUGGUGUUUGCGUUCCAUACCUAUACGUACCCGAUUCAAUCCGUCAAGGACGAAGGACUCGGUGAGGACCUGGCGACGGCAAUUGAUGGUCUCAAAGAGGGCAACGUCCCCGGGAUCCAUUGGUACAAACGAGCGCCGGUCUGGGGCGAUGCAGUGAAGAGAUUCCUGCGGUCUUAA